AUUUAACAAAAGUUCAAAAAGUUAAAAGUUAAAUUAUGUGGAAGGCAUAGGACUAAAAUUUUUAACUAGACGAGAAGUGUGAAAUACAUUUGAUCAUUAUUUCUGUUGUUUUUCCGGCAUAAACUCAAAGCGAUUUUCUCGAUAUUAUAACCAAUGGCAACAAUCGAUGGAAGACCGGCGCAAUAUGGGAUAUCACUUAAGCAAUUACGGGAACUCAUGGAGCAUCGAGGAAGGGAAGGUGUAACUAAAAUCAGUGAGCUCGGUGGCAUUCAUGAGUUAUGCAAAAAGUUGUACACAUCCCCAAAUGAAGGCCUUAGUGGGUCAAAAGCUGAUGAGGAGCACAGACGUGAAACGUUUGGCUCAAACGUAAUACCACCGAAACCCCCUAAAACAUUUUUAACGCUAGUCUGGGAGGCGCUUCAAGAUGUUACACUUAUAAUAUUAGAGGUAGCUGCGUUAGUAUCACUUGGUCUGUCAUUUUACAAGCCUGCAGAUGAGGAUGCUCCUUUGCUCCAAGAAGAAGAUGAACAUCACGGUUGGAUAGAGGGUCUGGCUAUACUAAUUUCGGUCAUUGUUGUAGUGAUAGUGACUGCUUUUAAUGAUUAUUCAAAGGAGCGACAAUUUCGAGGCCUCCAGAGCCGAAUUGAGGGCGAGCACAAAUUUUCAGUUAUUCGAGGUGGCGAGGUAUGCCAAAUAUCGGUUGGAGAUAUCCUUGUUGGUGAUAUUGCACAAAUCAAAUAUGGCGAUCUUUUACCAGCUGAUGGAUGUCUUAUACAGAGCAAUGAUCUAAAGGUGGACGAAUCUUCACUGACUGGUGAGUCAGAUCAUGUCAAAAAGGGCCCGGAUACCGACCCGAUGGUUUUAUCUGGUACCCAUGUCAUGGAGGGAAGUGGCAAAAUGGUUGUAACAGCCGUUGGAGUCAACUCACAGGCAGGCAUCAUUUUCACAUUGCUUGGAGCUGCUGUGGAUGAGCAGGAAGCCGAAAUUAAAAAGAUGAAGAAAGAAGCUAAAAAGGCCAAUAAACAAAAGACCAAAAGCCAGACAGGUGAGAGUGAUGGACGUCCGCCAAUGAAAGAAUCAUCUCAUGCCGUCGCUUCAACCCAGUAUGCCAGUGAAGCCAUCAAAUCGGAAUCGGAUGGAAAUCAUGUGCAGCCCUCUACGACUUCAGCUGCUGAAACUGGACACAAGAAGGAAAAAUCAGUGCUGCAGGCUAAAUUAACGAAAUUAGCAAUACAAAUUGGUUACGCUGGUUCCACGAUUGCCGUGCUCACUGUUAUCAUACUGAUUAUACAGUUUUGCGUUAAGACGUUUGUCAUCGAUGAGAAACCAUGGAAAAACACCUAUGCUAAUAAUCUCGUUAAGCACUUGAUUAUCGGUGUCACAGUAUUAGUUGUUGCUGUCCCUGAAGGGCUUCCACUGGCCGUAACGCUGUCUUUGGCGUAUUCGGUGAAGAAAAUGAUGAAGGAUAAUAACUUGGUGCGUCAUUUGGAUGCCUGUGAGACAAUGGGCAACGCAACGGCUAUAUGCUCCGACAAGACGGGCACGUUAACAACAAAUCGUAUGACUGUUGUUCAAUCCUACAUUUGUGAAAAACUUUGCAAGGUGCUCCCAACGCUGGCGGACAUACCACAGCAUGUCGGGAAUCUAAUCACUAUGGGAAUAUCUGUCAACUCCGCUUAUACCUCGAACAUAAUGCCUGGACAAAAUCCAACCGACUUACCUAUUCAAGUAGGAAACAAGACAGAAUGCGCCCUACUUGGGUUUGUUCAGGCUCUUGGAGUUAAAUAUCAAUCUAUACGCGAUGAAAUACCUGAGGAUAAAUUUACACGGGUUUACACCUUCAACUCUGUACGAAAAAGCAUGGGUACAGUAAUACCACGACCCAACGGCGGCUAUCGCUUAUAUACCAAGGGUGCUUCGGAGAUCAUCAUGAAGAAAUGCGCCUUUAUCUAUGGUCAUGAGGGAACAUUGGAAAAGUUCACACGAGACAUGCAGGAGCGUUUAAUUCGAGAAGUAAUUGAACCGAUGGCUUGUGAUGGUUUACGUACUAUAUCUGUUGCCUAUCGCGAUUUUGUGCCCGGCAAAGCCGCAAUCAAUGAGGUGCACAUCGAUACAGAACCCAAUUGGGAUGAUGAGGAAAACAUUAUGUCGAAUUUGACCUGCCUGUGUGUUGUGGGUAUUGAGGAUCCUGUCCGUCCCGAGGUACCAGAUGCUAUAAAAAAAUGCCAAAGAGCUGGCAUUACGGUGCGCAUGGUUACGGGUGAUAAUAUAAACACGGCACGUUCCAUUGCCAGUAAAUGUGGCAUAUUACGACCCAAUGACGACUUUCUUAUUCUGGAGGGUAAAGAGUUUAAUAGACGCAUUCGUGACAGCAAUGGUGAUAUCCAACAGCAUCUCAUUGACAAGGUUUGGCCGAAACUCCGGGUACUUGCACGUUCAUCGCCCACAGAUAAAUAUACGUUGGUAAAAGGAAUGAUCGACAGUACCGUGACCGACAAUCGGGAAGUUGUUGCUGUUACAGGCGAUGGUACGAACGAUGGUCCAGCUUUGAAGAAGGCAGAUGUUGGCUUUGCAAUGGGUAUUGCAGGCACAGAUGUUGCCAAAGAAGCAUCUGAUAUCAUACUCACUGACGAUAACUUUAGCAGCAUUGUUAAGGCUGUCAUGUGGGGUCGUAAUGUUUAUGAUUCAAUUGCAAAAUUUUUGCAGUUCCAAUUGACAGUUAAUGUCGUCGCAGUGAUUGUAGCAUUUAUUGGUGCUUGUGCAGUACAGGAUUCGCCUCUUAAAGCAGUACAAAUGUUAUGGGUAAACCUUAUUAUGGAUACACUCGCAUCUCUAGCUUUGGCUACGGAAGUGCCGACGCCUGACCUAUUACUGCGUAAACCAUAUGGACGCACAAAGCCUCUAAUAUCACGCACAAUGAUGAAAAACAUUUUGGGUCAAGCGCUGUACCAGUUAGUAAUCAUAUUUGGCCUCCUCUUUGUUGGUGAUUUAAUACUUGACAUUGAGUCUGGACGUGGACAGGAUCUAAACGCUGGACCAACUCAACAUUUCACAAUAAUCUUUAACACUUUUGUCAUGAUGACCCUUUUCAAUGAGAUUAAUGCCAGAAAAAUACACGGCCAGCGUAACGUUGUUGAGGGACUUUUUACCAACCCUAUAUUUUACACCAUCUGGAUAUUUACAAUGAUUUCGCAAGUGGUAAUUAUCCAAUACGGAAAAAUGGCAUUCUCAACAAAGGCGCUGUCACUCGAUCAAUGGUUAUGGUGCAUAUUCUUUGGAAUCGGAACAUUAGUCUGGGGACAAUUAAUCACUUCAGUGCCUACAAGAAAGUUGCCUAAGAUAUUAUCGUGGGGUCGCGGACACCCUGAAGAAUAUACGGAUGCGAUGAAUUUAGGCGAGGAGCGCUUUGAUUCGAUUGAUUCUGAUAAAAAACCAAGAGCUGGACAGAUUCUAUGGAUACGCGGUCUGACACGUCUGCAAACUCAAAUUUCAGUACCGUUGCGCGUGAUUCGUGCAUUCCGCUCGACACUGGAAGAUCUAAACGAACGUCGCUCAAUGCACAGUUUGCAUAGCUUGCGUAGCCCACGGACGGGCAUACCCACUGGCAGUGGUGUGCACCCGCUGUACAAUUUAAAUCUAUUGAGCCCCAAUUACAGCAGCAAACAGCCGCAACAGCAGCAGCAGCACCACCACCACCACCACCACAACCUCCAUCAUCAUCAGCAGCAGCAGCAACCUCAGCAGCAUGUAACAAAUGCAAGUCUGCCUUCCGAUAUAUCUUAUAUUGACGAAGAUCCACAGCAGCAGCAGCAACGCACUUUGCAAAAUGGAUCAACAUCAACGUCUGACACACAUCAAUCGCAUUUACCAUUUACUCAUUCAUCUGCUCGACCAACUGGCAGUGGCUUCUCUGAUGCUGUCCAUAGCCUGCAGGCUGAAAAUGGGCAGAACGAAACCCGAAUUUAAGCCACAUCGCGCACCUUGAAAUGCCAAAAACUAAAACGAAAACAAUACCAUAACCAUUGACAUACUUAUGCAUACGUACAGAUGCUGUACGUAUGCAUUCACGCAUAACAGUAUAUCUGCACAUCGGUGCUUGUUAAGUGAAAUGCAACUGUGCUGCAGACUUGAAAUAUCAAAAUCGAACCAACUAAUUGUUGUGUGUUAAACAAUACAAAUUGAUAUUGUCCUGUUCGGAAAAUGUCUCGAUUGGCAGCACUGAUUAAGCGCUUUAUACAUAUCACAUUGAGAUUCAUUUAUGCAUUCGAAUGCAUUAGAUGUGCAUAGAGACACACCUCUGCGCCUGCAUUCACUCAUACGCGAACACACAUGCAAACAUAUACUUAUAUAGCUAUAUCGAUAUCAAUGUCGAUUUAAAAUCCUUGUUUGCCGUAUCCCGAUAAUUAUCUACUGUACUAAGAAAUCUAAUUACCGCUUAGCAACUGUUAUUUAAACGCAUGAUUUUGUAUUCUUUUUAAUUUUUGUAAAAGUUAAUAUUACACUCUUGUGGUACGCGUAUUACUAACUAUAUGAAAAAAAAACCUGCAUAGUUUUACGUUUUUUUUUUUUUGGCCUGGUUUCGAUUGCGAUUGUGUGCAUAUGUGUGAUUGAAAGUCUAAGGAUUGGACAUAAAAUGCUUAAAAAUAUCUGAUCCAAAAAAAAGAGUACUCUGGGGUGGAUAUGGAAUCCCAAAUCAAUGUGGCAAGUACUUAUACCAACUCAAUUAUAAAUAUACAUAUGUUUUCCUUGUAUGUUUACCAUAUAACUUAAAAGAAUAUUCAAAGAUCUAGACAGGAACGAAUCGAAUCAAUGUGAGAAACUCAAAAUCGUUUGAACACGCAUAUGAAUUAAUAUUUUAAUAAUUAUUAUAUAAUUAAGGUCACGCGACCCAACGAUAGACCGAUUGAUUUUUUCUUAGGCUCACACGCACAGACUUUCUACUGUUGUAUGUAAAUAUUAUUCAUCCUUAUUUUUAUUUUUUUUUAUUAUUAAUAUUAUGUUUGGUAAUCAGGAUAUAUCUCUUUAAAUCCAUGUAAAUCUAAGUUUCGUAGUCUUACCAUCCAUUUAAGUUAAUGACAUUGAAUAUUAUAUAUUAUAUUUAUCGUUCAAUUAUCGAAACUUA